AUGGCCGUCUCUACUGCGCUUCUGUACGCCUUUAUAGUCGUCAUGGUCGCUAUCAUUGCUGUCAGCAUCAUCGGGAAUCUACUGGUCAUCCUGGCGGUCUUCCUGUGCCCCAGUCUCCGCAAGCGCGACAACAUCCCCCUGGCGAGCCUCAGCGUCUCCGACCUCCUGUUCACCGCCUUACACCCUCCCAUGUGGAUCGUCGCCCUGCUGAAGCCCGAGUUCCGGCUGCCGUGGGGUCUGUGUGUCCUGCAGUCCUACACCACUCCGGUACUGUGGGCAGUGUGUCUGUGCCACAUGGGGUGCAUCGCCGUGUACCGGUUGUUCCGAGUCCUCUACCGGUACCGUUUCCCUGCCAUGAUCUCCACCAAGGCCGUUUGCAUCGAAGUCACCAUGGCCUGGCUGGUACCGUUUUUCUCCCUCAUCUUUCUCCAUCUUCAUCCAGAAGAGGACGUCAUCUACGAUCACAAGCUCAAACGCUGCGCUGUGGUGCAGACAAGCAGCCUGCUGGCGAAGGCCAUCGCAGGGCUGCCGAUCAUCUGCCCGUACUUCGUGGCCCUGGCUUGCUACAUCGCCAUCUGGCUAGCGCUGAGGAAGAGCAAGAAGACCAUGCUUGAGCAUAACCGACGCAAGGUGGCGGCUCCGAAAAUCACCAUCAAGUCUUCUUCGGGCUCUCAAGGAGGAAGCACAAGUCACCGGGUGUCCAUCGUGCUUGAGGAGGAAGGCGGCGGAAGAAGAGGAAGCAUGGCGGUGACCGCGACCACCAGCUCGAAUGUGACGAGAGAUGACAGCGAGAAUCUGCCAGGGGUGCCCGAACACUCCGCCAUGAUCAAGACCAAGUGCUGCUGGACCAAGGGUCAACAGGACAGCGGGUCUGAACCGGACAGCGGGUCUGAACAGGACGAAGCUGACCAGCCACAGGCGAGUGCUGCACCACGAGAUGAAGACAACGUCACCCGCAUCAGCCUGCCCGCAUCUACCAUCGGCGGCGACAAGAUCCCGUCAUCAUCAUCUGACCUACGACUGGUGAUGGAGCCUGUGAGAAGUGGGAAGAAAACACAGAAGAAGGACGGGAAGAAGGCGUACAUCCACGGAGAGAGUGACAGCGACUUGACCACGACAGACAGCAACCUCCCCAACACGACGGUACACGACCUCUCCACGACGGUACACGACCUGUCCGCGACGGUGUCCGUGUCCCGUUCGAGCUUCAACAGAGCUGACAUCGCAGGGAAACGAAAGAAGCCACGACGACUGCAUCUAUCGCCGGCGGAGAAAGAGAUGCUGAAGAUGAUGGUGGCCGUCUUCAUCAACUACGCCUUGUGUAACCUGCCCAUGACGGUCAUGGCCUUGGCGGAGAACGGCGACCGUGUUCCCGAGGAGGCCUUCCUGGUAGGAAUGCUUCUGUGGGCCGGUAACGGCGCCAUGAAUCCGAUCAUCUAUGGGUUCAUGAACACGAGAUUCAAGCAAGGAUACAGAGAUAUCUGGAACACAUUCACAAGGCUCUUUCGGUAGAUGAUUAACCAAAAAUGGCCAUUAGUCUUAUCGACUCCCA